AAAAAGAAAAAGAAAAAAAAGGACAGUGGUGUGUGUGUGUGGGGGGCGCGCUGAAUAGAUCCCAAAAGCUUAGGAAAUACACGUCUGGUUUUAGGAUUGCUUCACGUGGAUGCACGACGCUCGCGUGUGUUAGAGGGAGCAUACAGUAGGAGCAGUGUGUGUGUGUGUGUGUGUGUGUGUUAAGCGGUCCGAGCACGCGCCUCCAUUGCGCUCCUAAUCACCAUCAUCUUCAUCAUGGCGAGCGACUCGGCGCGAUCUCCUCAGGUCCAAGACGAAAAUCCCUCAUGCAACAGUGUGGCUAGCUUUAAGUCAGCAGACACAGCGGUCCAGCUGUGUGAAAGGCGUAAACCUAAACCCGAGUCUGAGAACCUUUCCUUCGGCACUGUGUUCACAGACCACAUGCUGCUCAUUGAGUGGAGCAGUGAAGGAGGCUGGGAAAAACCUCGGAUUCAGCCAUUUGGAAACCUGAGCCUUCAUCCUGCCUGUUCCGCCCUGCAUUACGCCGUGCAGCUUUUCGAGGGCAUGAAGGCGUACCGGGGGCAGGAUGACCGGGUUCGUCUCUUCAGGCCAAUGCUGAACAUGGAUCGCAUGCUAAAGUCUGCACACCGAGCCUGUCUACCUAGUUUUGAUGGUGCUGAAUUUCUGGAGUGUAUAAGGAAACUGGUGGAAAUCGAUCAGGACUGGGUUCCUCGCUCCGACUCGGCGAGUCUCUACAUUCGGCCGACGUUCCUGGGCACUGAGUCUUCAUUAGGUGUAAAGAAGACCUCCAAAGCCUUGCUGUUUGUGAUCCUCAGUCCCGUUGGCUCCUACUUCAGCACAGGAAAUAAGUCUGUGUCUCUGUGGGCCGACACUAAAUACAUCAGGGCCUGGAAGGGAGGUACUGGAGACUGCAAAAUGGGAGGGAAUUACGGCGCUUCUAUCUUCGCUCAGAAUGUGGCGAUGGAGUUCGGUUGUCAGCAGGUUCUGUGGUUGUACGGAGAAGAUCACCAGAUCACCGAGGUCGGCACAAUGAACCUCUUUCUGUACUGGAUCAACGAGAAAGGAGAGGAAGAGCUGGCCACACCCCCUCUGGAUGGAAUCAUUUUGCCCGGCAUCACGCGCCGAAGCAUCUUGGACCUCACACGUAAAUGGGGCGAGUUUAAAGUGUCGGAGCGUUACCUGACCAUGGCGGACCUGUGUGCGGCUCUGGAAGAGAAGCGUGUGAAGGAGAUGUUCGGCUCGGGGACGGCGUGUGUGGUCAGUCAUGUGGGCAGAGUUCUGUAUCAGGGGCAGAAUCUGCAGAUCCCCUGUGCUGACGCUGGAAACUCGCUCACCUCUCGACUGCUGAAGGAGCUUACAGAUAUCCAGUAUGGGUGGACUGAGAGUGACUGGACCUUCUUCGUGUAGACAAGUGUUGACUCAAGAAAGCAAAUUGUACACACACACACACACACACACACACACACACACACACACACACCAGCUUGUCAGUGCUUAUUUUUAGCUUCUUUAAUUGGAUAUGGUAAUACAGUAGAGAGAAACAGAUUUAGGUCUUAAGGCAAAUUCACACCGGAUGUGUCACGUGAAGCGUCACGUCAGUUCCAUUUUAAAAAGCGGUUUCAGUUCACACCGGCCACGUUUGAGGUACGUUAGAGGUGCGUUUGAGGUGCUGUACUUCUCCCGUUUAAUGCAACGUGCUUCCGAUCUCUUCACUCUCAGACACGAGGGAAACGUAACAAAUUCUAUAGAAAUUGAAAUCACAACACUUUCUUUUCACUGCACACUUUAUUAAAAAUCAGUCACAAUCUACAAAGACUCUGAGCUGCAAAGAAAAGUGUUGUAGGCAUCAGCUCAAGGCCAUGUUCAAAAAAUGUAUAAUAAUUAAUAAAACCUAUAUUAGUGUGGUAAUCCAAACAAUAGUUAAAAAACCCUGUAAAGAAAUUCCAGAGGCAUCAGCUCAAGGCCACGUUCAAGGUCAUUGUUGAAAAAAUAUAACAAUAUAUAUUAAAAACAACCUGUAAAAUAAAAUCUCUAAUUAUUCUGUAUAUAAAAAACACGUAAUAAUUACAUUUAAUUAGGUAAAUACAUGUUUUAAUUCAAUAAAAUUGCAGAAACAUCUGUAAUAAUGAAAUGUAAUCUAAUGGAGGUCUUAAUUAAUAGUUAAAAAUAGUUUUUAAUUGUAAAGGAAGGGGGUGUGGUUGAGAGGGGGCGUGGCCAAUAGAGGUGUGAUGAAAGACGGUGUAUAGCAUUGGAUCGGAUACAGGAGUUGUCUCUUCCCACGUGUCUGGAGUGGAUCGACCGAGUCAGUCAGGUUACAGUCAGGUGCAAAAGUUUGCACACCCUUAGGACAUACAAACAUUUCUUCAUGGUCACAAGCAACAACAAAAAAUCUGAACAUUAAAAAAAUGUUUUAUGCUAAAAGCAAAAAUAUGAACAAUGAUGCCUUCUAGCACAGAAUAAGUGCUGGGUGCAAAUGUUUGCACACCCUUAUGACAAAUGUACAAAUGUUAGUUUAGCACAUGUAAGAAAAUGCUCAAAUGAUUUGUUGGGAAAAAUAAAAAAAAUCAAUGUCAUAAUAAUAUACUAGCUUCUUGAUGUAAUCAGCGGUAGUUUGCACCCCCUAGGGGUGUAAUAAAGAACUGAUAUUCCUCUAAGGCAGUAACAAAGUAACAAUGGUCAGAUGUUGCGUUUUAUUAUUAGUGAAAAACUUUUGCGCUGCCAUUUUUUUAGCAUAUAAUACAAAUACGUAAAAGAACUGCAUUGAUUUUUUUCACUUAAAGUAUAUAAGGGGUGGUGCAAAAGUUUGCACACCCUCAGAACGAAAGAAGACUAUGGUUCUACAUUUUUAACACCCAACAAAUAAUCUAAACCUAUUAGCGAAGGCAUUACAAAGGAAAGUUCCAUCAAGUACAAACUUCCUCUUGUGUAUUUCGUCCUUUAAUAUGGAACAAUUUGUCAGUUCUGUAUGUGAUUAAAUGUGUCGGUCAUUUCCACGUUAAAAGCAUGGAGGGGGGGCACAAACAUUUACACUUAUACAAAAUAAGGUUGAAAUUUAUGCAAUAAUUCUUGUAGUAAUGUAGGAUUUCUUUUUUAAUUACAGCAAUGAUGAUUUUGUAUUUAUGGCGAUUGAAGUACAUUUUUGUGUUCGCAAGGAGGUCGGAGAAAAUAAUAAAAUGCAAACACACACACACACACACACACACACACACACACACACACACACACACACACACACACACACACCCCAGAACGAGUACUAGAUAGAGAUGAAAUGAGGAAACACUUUUGUUUGGAGAAAACGAUGCUGUAAAGGUUCUGAGGGGAAAAUUCCAACUUGAAAUGCAUUAAGGUAUUUUUGUAUUAAAUGUCAGAUUCAUGAAUCAUCUUUUAGCUUGUACGGCAUUAAGUGAUUAGACAAUUAUGAAUAAAUCAUAGUACUUUCUUGUUUUUUUAUCUCAUGUAGAAACCUUUAUAUUGUUAAUCACUGUUGAAUUGUAAAACAUUAAAGGAGGAGGUGUAAUAAAUGUCCUAAGCAACA